AUGCCCGCCUGCCGAAGAGAGCAACCAGCUCCUGAUGAGCGCACGCUCCUGAUCACUGAUCCUGAAAAUGCUGGAGCUUCGAGUUCUACUUCCUCGGUGAAUAAGGAUGAUGCACAAGGUCAGGUUCCGACCAGGAUAGCUUAUCGCCUAUACACAUCACAUUUCCUGUCAACCUGGAAUUCCCGCGUCUUCGAAUUCGGGGCCGUUCUGUAUUUGGCCUCAGUCUAUCCAGGAACGCUGCUGCCUAUGUCUGCGUAUGCGCUCUCUCGUGGACUAGCGGCAAUCAUCUUCGCCCCGGCGGUGGGACACUACAUCGAUGUCGGCAACCGUUUGCAGGUUGUUCGGCUUUCAAUCGUUUUCCAACGGCUUGUUGUGGCUGCAUCGUGUGUGAUCUUCUAUCUGCUAGCGAUCGGCCUUCCAAUGAAACGAGUGGUCAACACUUGUUUGCUGGCGAUUCUCACGCUGUUGGCUUGUUUUGAGAAGUUAUGCUCUGUCUUGAACUUGGUCGCUGUGGAGAAAGAUUGGGUUGUGGUCGUUGCUGGAGAAAAUAAUGGAGGCCUCAGGAGUGCGUUAUACAGAUGUGAAGUAGAUUGGCCAUUCCAUGCUAAUUUUUCAUUCAACACAGCAAUGAACGCCCAAAUGAGACGAAUUGACUUGGUCUGCAAACUAAUUGGGCCUCUUUUCAUCGCUCUUAUCGCUGGCAUAUCCACAGAGGCCGCUAUUCUCGUCAAUCUCGGGAUGAAUGUCUGUUCGGUCGUGGUGGAGUACUUCUCGAUCGCCAAGGUGUAUUAUGAAGUACCAGAAUUACAGGAAACGAAACAUUCAUCGCCUAAAUUCCGAAGGAUAGAACCAGCACAGCAAAAUUUCUCUGCACGCGUCUGGAGAGCUUGCUGUCAAGGUGUACGGCAGGCUUUGGGAGACUUCGGUUUUUAUUUUCGGCAUCGAGUGUUCCUCCCGUCCUUUGCCGGAGCAUUGCUUUACUUGACGGUUCUGUCAUUUGCGGGACAAAUGGUCACUUGGCUUCUGGCCGCAGGCUAUGGUUCGACGCAGAUCGCCGUUGCACGAACCUUGUCUGUCAUGUUUGAGGUGCUGGCCACCUGGGUUGCUCCUGGGCUGAUGGGGAAAAUCGGGCCGAUCCGUGCUGGUAUCUGGCUGGCAAGUUGGCAGAUUAUAUGCCUAGCAGGUGGCAUGGCUAUAUUCUGGAGUUACGCUAACCAACCUCUGCUCUCCGCCUCGGGUCUCGUGGGGGGUACAAUUCUCAGCCGGGUAGGCUUGCGAGGGUAUGAUUUAUGUGCACAGAUUAUUAUUCAGGAGGGUGUGGAAGCUGAGGCGCGAGGCUCUUUUUCGUCGACCGAAGCUGCUUGGCAGAACCUGUUCGAGAUUUGCUCUUAUAUCUCCACGAUCGUUUUCUCACGUCCGGAUCAGUUCAAGUGGCCGGCCCUCAUCAGUGUGAUUGCUGUUGGAUUCGCUGGUUUGCUGUACGCGAUCUUCGUACGGAUUCAACGGGGACACUUAGUGCACCUGCCGAAGUGGAGCGCCUGCAGCGCUCGAGCGAACGGGUCAGGACAGGAUCUUCUCGGCUUUUGA